CUCUCUCUCUCUCUCUCUAUUUUCAGCUUACAUGGGUUCAUCUGACAUCUGUGUUGGAAUCAUGGUAGAUCUUGACAUGUGUCUGACUCAUCGGCAAACCAGACUUCUACACGGGAAGAGAAGAGGCAAACGCAUGAAGAGAAAGGCCCUGAAGAAGAUGUCGAAGCGAUGGCCGAACGGAACAAUUCCGUUCGAAAUUAUAGACGGCGCCUUUGGUCAGCAGGACAUCCUAGUGAUCAAUCAGGCCAUGCUGGAAUGGGAGCACCACACUUGCCUCAAGUUCAGGCGAUCUAGAGAAAGCGACAGGGACAGGCUGGUCAUACAGACUGGGGCAGGAUGUUUCUCCAAUGUCGGGCGAAUCGGUGGUCCACAACCGCUUGUACUGGGCACAGGCAUAUGCAGAACGAAAAAGGUCGUGGUGCACGAGAUGGCCCACGCGAUCGGCAUGAUCCACGAACACCAGCGGCCCGAUCGCGACAGCUUCAUCAAGGUGCACCUCCAGAACGUUAAGUCGAGAUUCGUCAACCAGUUCGACACGUUCCAGUCGUCCGCCAUCGACAGCUACGGCGUCGAGUACGACUAUCUCUCCAUCAUGCACUACGGCAAAACGUUCUUCGCAGAAGAUGGGAUUUCGACGACAAUCGAGACCCUGGACUACGCUUAUCAAGACAUGAUAGGAAGAACAGAAGAGUUAUCUUUCUCUGACAUCAAGAUAGUCAACUCCAUGUAUAAAUGCGCAGAGGGAUGUCCUAAUCUGAACACUCUAACUUGUUCUGACGGUGGCUACCUCGACAAACACUGUCUGUGCGUCUGUCCAGACGGAAGUUCCACCUGCGUCGUGGAAAUGUCCUUCGGCCUGGGUCACUCGUCGGUUUCUACGGUCAACGCAGACGUCUACAACACGUUCGUGCCGGCAAGCACUCUCGACGGCGUCUCGCUGCAGAACUCGGUGAUAGAUGACCCUCCGAAUCCCACCAUUCAGCACAUGGGUUUGGCAGAGUUCACCUCGGCAAACGCGAUCGACUGGAGAAGUUUGUUAUUCGGCAGGAACAAAGUUUUACGGAAUCGCCACCAACACCCUUACGUUUAUUCCCGCAUGUCUCCGUUGGCGUCCGCGCGUUUGAAGCGACUUCUGAAUCGUGCCAACCAGCCAUUGGUUGAUGAUCAAAUGCCAAUGAGACAAACUAAUACUCCUCAAAACUUUCGCUUUGUUAGCAACCCUAGAUAUUAUGUGUAGCCCUUAUACACUGGGAAUAAUGGGGUAAAGGGUAUUACUAGUUGGAAAUCGCCAGUUGUGUAUGCAAAAUCUUAGUCAGUUAAGGUCUCACUACACAGAUCACUUCCGGGUGAGAGUUCAUUGAUCACGGUCCACUGUAGUUCCUAAUUGGGACACAUGUUAUGGUUCACAUAUUCACUUCUAGGAAAUG